GUAUUUACAAACAAACGCACACUUAGACGAUAACUUAGAAAAUAUCAAACGCGAGUGCAAGUGAUAUGAAAGUAACAAAAUGAACGGGAAAAGUGAAAACGGUCUAGAACUUACCAAAACAAAGAACAAUGCAGAAACUAAUGGCAAUGGAGCUACGAAAAAGGAAAAAGAACCAGUGACUUUUGGUGUCUUGAUAAAACGAUUCUUUACCUUCUUUACGGUAGAACCUUUUCUAUUGUGCUACAUUAUACCUAUAGCCGUAUCAGGAUUAGCAGUACAAAAGCUGAACAUAGAAAAAGCAUGUCGUGUUGAUUUGAAUCUCACAGAAGAAAUAUGUCUACAAGCCGUGAAUGGGGAAAUCAGUGAAAAUGAUACUUUUGGUCUAGCUGCUCAAUUGAAUGCCACUAAGCUGGUUGCAGACAUGACAGCUUGGCAAAGUCCAUUACAAAGUGCUUUUCCUGCGAUUAUUAUAUUAAAUGUUGGAGCAUGGAGCGAUAAAACAGGGAACAGAAAGGCGCUAAUGCUUAUACCUGUAAUUGGUGAAAUUAUUUCUUCAUGUGGUUUGCUACUAACAACAUACAUGUUCCUAGAAUGGCCUUUAUGGGUUACAGCGCUAAUAGAAGCGUUACCUUCAUUAACAGGGGGCUAUUCAAUCGCGUUGAUGGGUUCAUAUAGUUUUAUAGCAGACCUAACCACUGUAGAAUCAAGAACAUUCAGGAUUGGAUUAGUCGGAAUCAUUGUUACAUUAGGAAUACCUUUUGGUACAUCGAUUAGUGGUGUUUUGACAGAAGCUGUUGGUUAUUAUGGAAUAUUUGGAAUUAAUUUGGCUCUAUACCUCCUAGCGUUUAUUUACACUUACUUCAGAAUCAAGAAUGUUAGAACUGUGAAGUUGGAAGGUACUAUGGUCCAAAAAGUUGCCGAUUUUAUACAUCCUCGGAAUGUUUGGGAUACCAUAUCGUUGCUUUUCUUGUCUCGAGGAAAGCAGUUGCUGCAAAUUCUUUUAGUAAUUGGUGCACAUAUCGUUAUUAUGGGACCUGUUUUUGGUGAAGCUUCUGUUCUUUUCCUGUAUGUUUUGACGAAGUUUAGUAUGAGUGUCGUGGAUUUGAGUUUGUUUAGCACUUAUUCAAUAUUAAUGGGCACUGCAGGAUCGGCAGUAGCAGUAACACUCUUCAGUAAAACUUUGAAGAUGCAUGAUAGCUUAAUGGGGAUAAUCGCCACUACUUGCAAAACUGUUUCUGCUUUCGUCUACGGGCUGGCUCCAACCAGGGAUUGGCUAUAUGCUGCCCCAGCCUUUGACUUCUUCGGGAACUCUGGCGCCAUAGCUAUCAGAUCUCUUGGCACUAAAGUUGUGGGCGAGGAAAAAGUUGGUAAAAUAUGCUCGCUAAUUGGGUUCGUGGAAACUUUAAUACCUGUGAUAUACACACCGAUGUACAGUAAGCUGUUCUCCAACACUGUGGAGACUUUGCCAGGAGCCGUGUACCUGCUGGGAGGAGUUAUGACGAUACCAGCAUUCUUGAUAUUUAUAAUACUAUACAUAAUGCAUAAGAGACAAGAAAGAGACACAGUGAAGAAUCCGACAGAGAAAGAGAUGUAUGCGCAUGACAAUUACAUCACCGCUCUUUAGUUUAGCCACAUAAUUUAUUAUAGCAAAGUAUUUUUCAAUACUUUCAGACACUGACACAUCAAACUA